AGACCGCCUCUUCGACUGAAACCUAUUACAGCAUCCGGUGACAGAUAUGAGAGAAAAGUCAUAACAAUCGGGAGACUCGUGAAAACGAUUCUAACACAUCUGCAGAAUACGGCAGUUUUUGGUAAACUAAUGCAUUAAGAGACCUGUGCGCAAUAAUCUGCAUGUUAUUUAAGAUCAUCUGUAGAUCAUUUUAAAAGAUGGCAGCUUUGGAUGGGGCUGAAGAGUCGUCCUCUGCUCUGCGUUAUCGUGUUGUCUUACUGGGAAAAACAGGAAAUGGGAAAAGUGCUACUGGAAACUCCAUCUUGGGAAGAAAAGCUUUCCUUUCAAAGCUAAGCUUUAAAACUGUAACACAAGAAGUUAAACGUGAAAGCAUCAACAUAGAUGGGGUGAAUCUUACAAUUUAUGACACACCAGGAUUAUUUGACCCUGGCAAUGAACUGAACCCUGAUGAGGAGUUAUAUCAGGGGCUUCCAGAGUUAUAUACACCAGACCCGCUUGUGUUUCUGCUGGUGAUCAGACCUACAAGAUUCACUGCAGAAGAGAAAAGAACUGUUGAGAUUAUUGAAGAUUACUUGACGGACUGGCUCGUAAAAAACACCUGGAUCAUUUUCACUGGAGGAGAUGAGCUGGAGAGAGAAGGUCUCACCAUAGAAGACUUAAUAGAAGAAUCAGAGGAUCUGAAAAAAGUUGUCCAGAAAUUUGACAACAGAUACUUUGUCUUUAAUAAUGUCACACAACACCCUGAACAUGGUGAAGUGAAACAGCUGAUUAAAGCCAUUAGAAAUGUUCAACCUCUGAGAUCUCCAGAGACAGACCCUUUUCUACAGAGAAAGUCACCAGCGGAGCAUGAAACCAGCUCCAAUAACAGAAGAUUACUUCUUCUGGGGAAGUCCGGCUCUGGGAAGAGUGCAACAGGGAACACCAUACUGAGACGAAAACGGUUUAAAUCUGAGCUCAGCGUAAGCUCUGUAACUAAACAGUGUGAAAUGCAUACAUCAGAUGUUUCAGGGAGAGAAGUGUCUAUUGUUGAUUCUCCUGGAUUUUCAGAUCUAGCUUUAAAACCUGAAGAUUUAGCCAAAGAGCUGGCGAAUAGUGUUGCCCUCUGCAGUCCAGGGCCUCAUGCCUUCCUGCAUGUGGUGUCACUCACAGGAAAAAUCAUACAGGAAGAUCAAAACCACAUUAAAAAUAUUGAAUUCAUUUACGGAGAAGAAGUAGCAAAGUACACGAUCCCUGUAUUCACCCACAGCGAUCAGUUAGAGGGAAAGAGUGUGGAAGAUCUCAUCAGAGAGAAUACAACUCUUAGCAGUUUUGUUCAGCAGUGUGGAGGAAGAUACCACAUCAUGAACAAUAAAGACAUGAGAAACAGAAAACAGGUGACAGACCUACUGCAGAAGAUUGACACACUGAUAGAGCAGAACGGAGGAGGACACUACAGUAAUCAGAUGUUUGAAGAUACUCAGAGAUUCAGACGAGAGGAAGAACAGAGACAGAGAGAGGAAGAAGAGAGAGAAGAAGAAGAGAGACAGAGAGAGGAAGAAGAGAGAGAAGAGGAAGAACAGAGACAGAGAGAUGAUCUACAUACUGAACCUGUGCAGGGAGCAAAGGAAAGCUGGAGUCAGAGAGCAUGGAAGAAAAUUAAAGAAUAUGUAUAUAACAAUUUCGGAAGGCACUUAAUUGCUGCAGCUCAAAGGAUUUCUUCAUUAUGGCGUAGAAUUAUUAACCUUGAAAGCAGUGUGAAACUGACAUGCAUGACAGGAGAUGGGUCUGAUGUAUGGUCCUAUGAUCUCAAAGACAAAGGACAAACUAAAACUGAAGAAGCUCAGGAACUAAUAAAUUCAUGUAAGUGAGUUAGGUUUAGUCUGGACUUCAGCAAUAUUUCAAAAUUGAUGUACGAUAUGUACAAAGAUUUUCCGACACUUUUACACUACCAGAAGGAAAUCUGCCAAUGAUAAUGGGAGAAACUGACUUUUAAAGUUGACCAAUCGUCCAUCAUCUAAAGAUAAAAAAAAUACAAUACCGAUGUAGAUAUUUAAUUAUAUAUUUACUAAACAUAUUUGAAUGAUUUGUUGCUUUCUCCUUUUUUAGGACUAAAAAAAAACAUAUAAAAAAAAAAAAAAAAAAAAACAAUGUUUCUUAGUUAAUAUAACAAAGAUUUAAUCUCAAUAUUUUCCUUUAAAGCAUUAAGCAAUAUAUCAUCUGUGCAUCCUUCCAGGAAAUCAAAGAUAUCUAUGAAUGGUUAAUUUUAGCUUGAUGUUUAAAUUGUGAUGCAUCAUGGUAAUCAGUAUAGCCAUGCAUUGUAAAAACAUUAUAUAUUCAAAUAACUACAUUAUUCAAGUUGAAAUAAUUAAUAUUCUAAGUAAAUGCAUCUUAACUUAGCCAGUACAAAUUAGAUAACAAAAAGAUAAGUGAACUUUUGUAUUUUUUAUUAUUAUUGUUAUUAUUUGCAUUUGUAAAUUUUGUAAGUUAAGGUAAAGGUUUUUUUUUUUUUUUUACUGUGAAGCUGUCUGAUGUUGUUUGGUUUCAUUUGGUUCAAAUGUGUAUUUUAGUUUUUCAAUAAAAAGCCGGAAUAUUCCACAAUUAUAUAAGCCACUUGUGGUUUUUAUGAGAUCUGAGAGAAAUUCAGAUUCUAGAAUCUAAACAUUAAUUUGUCUGUUUUCUUUCUUUCUUUAAACAUUUGAACAGAAGGAGGUGUUCACCCUUAAAAACACUGUCAGGACUCAAGCUUUCACUCAGUGUCUGCUAAAACAAUUCACUUAUUUAGACUCACCAUCUCCCAUGACAGCCAUUGAAAAGUAGCAUGAAACUUGAAAGUACAACAUUUUUGUUAACACAGAUGAUUUAUCGGUUAAUUUCACACAUUUUUUUAUAAUUAAUUUCCUUAUUAUAAUUUAAGUUCUCAUGCAGUACAAUAGUAAACAACUGUAGGCUACUGAUUCUGCUUGAAAUUCUCUGAACUUCCCUAUGCAACCACUGGGGGCCAGCCUUGUAAUAUUAUCAUCACUGUAGUUCCAACAUUUCUUACAAUAAUAUAGUGUUUCUUUCUUUUUA